UGUCUCAAUGACGCUCCGAAACUUGGAGGGAUCGUGUACAAGAUGGCGACAAUGUGUGUUAUUAAUUUAUAAUUUUUAAUACGCCGGGUCUUUUUUUAAACAAAAAACGAACGUGUCUGUGUGAACAUUUUACAAACUGUUCUUAUCAAAGUGUUAACGAAAUUAUUCCAUCGCAUGUGAUUCAAAAAGACAUUAAUCAAGUGAUUUUUAUCAAAGAAAAGUGUGAAAAAUCACAUUUUCUCAAAAUGUCAAAGACAGAUGAAAAUGCAUUUCCCGGAGAGACGGGAGAAAAUUCCAAUGAUUCCUCAGCAGAAACAACAUCAUCAAGAGGUGGUGGUGAUUUUGAGACAAAAAUUGAAACCGACAGAAGUAAACGUUUCGAUUUUUUACUGAAACAAACUGAAAUUUUUUCCCAUUUUAUGACAAACAAUCAAAAGGACAAGAGUCCUACAAAACCAAAAGCUGGUAGACCAAGGAAGCAACCUCAAGCAGAUCCAAAAACACCACCACAAACAUCUCAACCUCAACCUCAAUCUCAAUCUCUAUCUCAAGAGUCAAACAAGUCGUCUGAUGUUGCUGAUCAUAGGCACAGUAAAACAGAACAAGAAGAAGAUGAGGAAUUACUUGCCGAAAGUAAUAAUACAACAACUGGUCCAACAACGCGUUUUGAAUCAUCGCCAAAUUACAUAAAAUCCGGAGAAUUACGAGACUAUCAAAUUCGAGGUCUAAAUUGGAUGAUUUCUUUGUAUGAGAAUGGAAUUAACGGAAUUCUGGCUGAUGAAAUGGGUCUGGGAAAAACUCUUCAGACAAUUUCUCUUCUUGGAUAUAUGAAGCAUUUUCGCAACGUUUCCGGUCCACAUUUAGUCGUCGUUCCAAAGACAACUCUCGCCAAUUGGAUGAAUGAAUUCAAAAAAUGGUGUCCUUCAUUAAGAACAGUAUUUCUCAUUGGUGAUAUUGACACUAGAAAUACAUUUAUUCGAGAAGUUAUGUUACCCGGUGAAUGGGACGUUUGUGUGACAUCUUAUGAAAUGGUACUACGUGAAAAAUGGGUAUUUAAAAAAUUCAAUUGGCGCUAUAUGGUUGUCGACGAGGCGCAUCGUUUAAAAAACGAAAAAUCCAAAUUAUCAGAAAUUCUACGAGAAUGCAAGACUGCAAAUCGUUUACUUCUCACUGGUACACCAUUGCAAAAUAAUCUCCACGAAUUAUGGUCACUUCUCAAUUUUCUUCUACCCGAUGUAUUUAAUAGUAGCGAUGAUUUUGAUGCAUGGUUCAAUACAAACAGUUUUCUCGGUGAUAAUUCACUGGUUGAACGUUUACACGCCGUCCUUAGACCAUUUUUACUACGACGUUUGAAAUCAGAAGUGGAAAAGGGUUUAAAACCAAAAAAAGAAAUGAAAGUCUACAUUGGUUUAAGUAAAAUGCAACGCGAAUGGUAUACAAAAGUAUUAAUGAAGGACAUUGAUAUUGUUAAUGGAGCGGGAAAAAUUGAAAAAAUGCGGCUGCAAAAUAUUCUCAUGCAAUUGAGAAAAUGUUGUAAUCAUCCGUAUUUAUUCGAUGGCGCCGAGCCUGGUCCACCUUACACAACUGACGAGCAUUUAGUCUACAAUUGCGGUAAAAUGGUAAUUUUGGAUAAACUUUUGCCAAAAUUACAGCAACAAGAAUCGAGGGUAUUAAUUUUCAGUCAAAUGACACGCAUGCUGGAUAUUCUCGAGGAUUAUUGUCACUGGAGAUGUUAUCAGUAUUGCCGUCUCGAUGGUAAUACGGCGCACGAGGAUCGUCAACGACAAAUCAAUGAAUACAAUGCUCCGGGUAGUGAGAAAUUUAUUUUCAUGCUCUCAACACGUGCCGGUGGUUUGGGUAUUAAUUUAGCAACAGCCGAUGUGGUUAUUAUUUUCGAUUCCGAUUGGAAUCCACAAAUGGAUCUUCAAGCUAUGGAUCGUGCCCAUCGCAUUGGUCAACAGAAGCAAGUGAGAGUUUUUCGUUUCAUCACUGAGAAUACGGUGGAGGAGAAGAUCGUCGAACGUGCUGAGGUUAAAUUACGUUUGGAUAAAUUGGUCAUUCAACAAGGUAGAUUAGUUGACGCGAAGCAAAAUGCAUUGAAUAAAGAUGAAAUGUUGAAUAUUAUUCGACACGGAGCGAAUGAGGUGUUUGCAUCAAAGGACAGCGCAAUCACUGACGAGGAUAUUGACACGAUUCUCAAGAAGGGCGAGGACAAAACUGAAGAGAGUAAACAAAAAUUGGAAAGUAUGGGUGAAUCGUCAUUGCGUAAUUUCACCGUUGACGCGCCAACCGACUCGGUUUAUCAAUUCGAGGGACAGGAUUAUCGUGAGAAGCAAAAAAUUCCCGGUAUUGGCAACUGGAUUGAACCGCCUAAACGUGAACGAAAGGCGAAUUAUGCUGUUGAUGCGUAUUUUAGAGAAGCACUUCGUGUUUCCGAGCCAAAAGCACCGAAAGCACCGCGACCACCAAAGCAACCGAUUGUUCAAGAUUUUCAAUUCUUCCCUCCGAGACUCUUUGAGCUUCUAGAUCAGGAAAUUUACUAUUUCAGACAAACUGUCGGUUAUAAGGUUCCGAAAAAUCCCGAAUUAGGUUCGGAUGCGGCUCGUGUUCAGAAGGAGGAACAACGAAAGAUUGACGAUGCUCAACCACUUUCAGAUGAUGAGGUGAAGGAGAAGGAAGAUUUACUCAUUCAGGGAUUUACUAAUUGGACGAAACGUGAUUUUAACCAGUUUAUAAAGGCGAACGAGAAAUACGGUCGCGAUGAUAUUGAAAAUAUUGCUAAGGAAGUUGAAGGCAAAACACCAGAAGAAGUGAUGGAAUAUUCCGCUGUAUUUUGGGAACGUUGCCAUGAACUUCAGGAUAUCGACAGAGUAAUGGCACAAAUUGAACGUGGCGAAGCAAAAAUACAGAGACGCGCAGGAAUUAAAAAGGCUCUCGACGCAAAAAUGGCACGAUAUCGUGCGCCUUUCCAUCAAUUGAGGAUAGCCUACGGAACAAACAAGGGUAAAAAUUACACCGAGGAAGAGGAUAGAUUUUUAGUUUGCAUGCUGCAUAAACUUGGCUUUGACAAGGAAAAUGUUUACGAGGAAUUACGCGCCACUGUGAGAUCAGCUCCACAAUUUCGUUUCGAUUGGUUCGUUAAAUCACGAACUGCUCUUGAAUUACAACGACGAUGUAAUACUCUCAUUACAUUGAUUGAACGCGAAAAUCAAGAACUCGAGGAGCGCGAGAGACAGGAGAGAAAGAAAAAGGGCGGUAAUGCCGGACCAAAAUCGGCCUCAAAACGUAAAACGGAAUAUUUGCCAGCGCCUCAGCCAAGAAAGAAGAAGAAGUAGACAAAAUACACCAUUUAAAUAAGACAAAAAAAAAUAAUUUAUACUUUUAAUUUUAAAGUUUCAAAUUUUCAUCAUCUUUUAUUGCAAGAAAAGAAAGAUGCAUUUGAUUUUUUUUUAAAUAUAAAACGUUAUCUUUCUUUCUCUGUUUAAAAAAAAAUUAUUCAACACACGAUAAAUUGAAUAAAAAAGACAAAUUGAUUUGCAUCUUUUUACUACUACAUUUAUUUAUCUUCAACAUUAUAGAUUUUUUUUUAAAGAUAAGAAAUAAAAAUACAAAAUUGCAA